AUGGUGGACAGCGGAGCCACCACGAAGUUUAUCAACAAGCGAUUCAUUAUAGAAAAUAAGGUGCGGACGUGGAAACUAAAAGAGCCGAUUCCGCUAUACAAUAUUGACGGCACCCUCAAUAAAGACGGAAGCAUCUCGGAAGUAGCAGUGCUACAGAUGCAGAUAGGAGAACACGUCGAGAAGACAGUGUUUACGGUCACGGACAUCGGU